UACCGCCUAUGAGAGUCAACCAGUCAAGAGGAACAAAUAUAGGCUAAUUUAAAAUUUCGGGUAACCUAAAGCUAAGUUUGAAUUCUCUGAAAGUCCACACAGAAAGACCUCUUUUUAUGAGGUAAACCAUACACAUUUUGGCGGGAGGCGAAGAGGCUAAGCAGGGUUUUGGGGAAGACAGAGAAGCUGCAAUGUCGGUCGCAAACCCAGAGGAAGAGGACGAGUACAUCAUUUGGAAGAAAAACACUCCAUUUUUGUAUGACUUGGUGAUAAGCCAUGCCCUCGAAUGGCCGUCACUCACAGUGGAGUGGCUUCCCGGUCACCACGAGAUCCCCCAUAGUGAUUACUCAUCGCAGCAGCUAAUCCUCGGAACUCACACCUCUGACGAGGAGCCUAAUUUUUUGAUGAUAGCGGAGGUUCGGCUUCCAUCUCCGGACUCUGAUUCUGUUGGAGGUUUCGAUAGCCCCUCCCAAAAGGUAAAAAUAAUUCAGCAGAUUAAUCAUGAAGAUGAAGUUAAUAGAGCUCGAUACAUGCCACAAAAUCCCUCCAUUAUUGCAACCAAGACGGUGAACUCAGAUAUUUAUGUAUUUGAUCACAGCAAACAUCCAUCAAAGCCUCCUCAACAAGGGGGUUGCAAUCCAGAGAUAAUAUUGAAAGGUCAUGAUGCUGAAGGAUAUGGCUUGUCAUGGAGCCCUUUCAAGGAAGGUUAUCUACUGAGUGGUUCAAAUGAUGCACAAAUAUGCUUGUGGGACAUUAGUGCUUCUGCAGGAAGUAAAGUGCUUGAGGCCAAGAAUAUUUUGAAGGUCCAUGAAGGGGUCGUUGAGGAUGUUUCAUGGCAUUUGAAGCAUGAAUACCUUUUUGGUUCUGUUGGAGAUGAUCGUUGUUUGCUCAUAUGGGACAUGCGUGCACCUUUGCUCGAUAAGCCUCAAGAAUCAAUUGUGGCUCAUCAAAGUGAAGUUAACUCAUUGGCUUUCAACCCCUUCAAUGAGUGGGUAUUAGCCACUGGAUCUGCUGACAAAACUAUUAAGCUGUUUGAUCUCCGGAAACUUUCCUGCUCAUUACAUACCUGUUCCCACCACACGGAAGAGGUCAUUCAAAUAAGAUGGAGUCCAAAAAAUGAAACAAUAUUGGCUUCCUCUGGUGGUGAUCAAAGACUUAUGGUUUGGGACCUCAGCAGAAUUGGCGAGGAACAAACACCAGAAGAUGCAGAAGAUGGGCCACCUGAGUUACUUUUCAUUCAUGGAGGACAUACAAGCAAAAUAUCUGAUUUCUCAUGGAAUUUGAAUGAUGACUGGGUACUCGCCAGUGUAGCUGAAGAUAAUAUUUUUCAAAUUUGGCAGAUGGCAGAAAAUAUUUAUAAUGAUGAUGACAACAGGCCCUGAAAAAAUCUCAGCUAGGGCUGCUAAGGUACAGCAAUGUGGAAGGAAAAUACUAAUUCUACUGCAUUUUCCUUGGAAAUGAUGCUCAAGAAGAGUAAGAAGGAAAAUGAAAGAUACAAACUUUUAGAGCUCCUUGUUGAGUAUUAUUGUUCAUUCUCUCCUGUCAAUUUUCUUUUCAGUAAUGCAGCAGUAAAUGAUUAUCAAUCAUAAUUAGAUUAUUCAUUUAGCAUCUUUGGAAUGUGUUUUACUAAGUAAGAUUGCAAUCUGAGUCUGCUUCAUGCACCAAGGUAACAUUAUGGACAAAAAAAAAUUGAAGCUGUUUUCAAAGUGAUUUUGCAUUUUAUCAACUUUCCGAGAUUUGCAUUCAGAAUUUAUGCCAAGAGGGAAAGACAUACCUAAUGUAUGGCUGUUAUAAGGCAUCGUCAGUAGAAAAUGGUGUUUUGUUUGGUUGAA